AUGUCGUCAAUGCCUCAAAUGGAGGGUCGUGCAGGGCAACACCUAAGCUGGAGCUCUUUGGCUCUCAAGGCCUUGGUGGUGCUGCUGGUUCCUCUCGUUGUGUUCCGCUUCCUCUUCGUGGAUGUCUGGGGUGGGCUGAAUGAUGCUGCAGUGCCAAUCCUCGGGUUGUACCUCUUGAGAGGGGAGGAUGAAAGCUUCUUCGCGUGCUACGAGCGCCUCAGCAAGAUCUGGCUGUUUAACGAAUGCUGCGGGAUCCAAAAGGACGUGACGUUUGUCAGCGCGUUGAUCGUGUUCAUUCUCAUCAGCCUCGUGUGUGGAGCCAAUGAUGCUUACCUCCUCUUCUGCCAAGAUCCCAGCAUCUCACGCUGGCAUUCUUUGGUGGCUGGGAACGGCUUGCUGAAUCUGACCUGCGCAGCUCUGGCUGUCCACAUGUGGAGAGCCAGCUUUCAGGCAAUACCUGUCCCAACCCCAGAAGCCGUCGAGGAGCGUCCCCAGCCCCUUCGGCCAAUACGUCGGUCCAGUCGGAUCCAUGAGACUAAGGCGGAGGCUGACCCGAAGCCAUCGCAACCCGAGCAAGCAGCGAAGCGCCAAGAGCGGGGCCAGGCCAAAUCAGCGAUCUUGCGCCACCUCACCGUGCCCAUGUCCGAGGAGGAGGCGCGGCGCUCGCGAGAGAGCUCGGCGGAGCGCGAUCCUGAUCGGCUCGCAGUCCCCCUCCGGCAGAGUCGACGGAGCAGCUCAUGGAAGUUAGGCAGCCUCUUCAAGCCGACCCCGGACCACCAUCGAUCCAGUUCGCAACCGCCGGUGGUGCAUCCCUGGCUUGGGGAGAUCUGA